CGGGGCGGCGGGGAGCGGGGCGAGGCCGCCAUGGGCUGGUGGCUGCGGGCUGUGGGGCGCUUCCUGCGCGGGGCGGCCGGGCGCAGGCCCCCCCGAGGGCCCCGGCGCAGCUCGAGCCGGGCCUCUGCCUCCCCCCCGCCGCCGCCGCCGCCCUCGGAGCUGGACAAGGCGGACGCCUGGCUGCUCCGCAAGGCGCAUGAGACGGGUUUCCUGUCCUGGUUUCGCAAUGGCUUGCUGGCAACUGGCGUCGGAGUAAUUUCUUAUGUUCAGAGCGACAUGGGACGAGAGGCAGCUUAUGGUUUCUUCAUUCUCGGCGGGAUUUGCGUGUCUUACGGCAGCGCCUCCUACCUUGUCAGCCUCUUCCUCCUCCGCCGCACCAUGAUGCUUGCUUUCUCCACGGCCCUGCUGAACGGCACGGCGGUCACAACGGUGGCGCUGUUCUGGCUGUGUGCCAUCUCCCUCUACAUCGGUCGCCUUGAGGUUGAGAUCAUACAGGAGGACAGUAGUGAUGAAUGCCAGGACACAAAAAAGGAUGAUGGGAAGUCGGACGAGUAAAGACCAAGGUCCUGGGGGAUUUUGCUGUUUUCAUGAUGGUCAUUUAGAAUGUUCUCCAGCACGUUCAGUGGACUGAGUUUUAAUGCAAUAGAUACAGCGCCCACGGGCUGUCCUGCCCACCGUGUCCAAGGGCACAAAGAAAGGGCAGCUUUAUUGUAAAUAAGACACUGUUGGCUGCUUUAUAUUUAUUUAACAUUUUCCAGAUUGGCAGUGGGAAUUAGCAUUAGAAAAAUUGGAUCAUCGAACAGAAAUAUGGCUGCAGGAGACCCUGCUGUGGUAGCAAAUGGAUUGGUGGGACGGCUUCCCAGCUGGGAGCGUGCAUUGCUGUCAAAAUGGAUCUCUGAUGCUUUUAAAGAACUGGCUGUCCAUUGAGAUCCUGUGCUCCCGUCUCCCACAUACAUCCCAUGCCUGUUCUGCCACGUAUGCAGAAGCUGGAAAUUUUAAGCCAAAUUCAGCUGAUGCUCCCUAGAAAUGUUGAAUCGCAACAGUAUCCCAUGGAGUCCGAUCCUGCUGCCCCGGCGUGCGUUGUAAAGUUAGCACAUCACAUUGAGGUUACUCACAAUGCCUCGUGAGCCCAUUUUACAUCCAGAUCAGUUAAUGUUUGUAUUAAAAACAUCAAAACAAAACAAAACUGCUCUCUUCCUGUGUCUGAAUGAAAUGUACACUCUGCUUUCUCACCCUCCCCAUUUCCACUUGCAGAAAGGGCCUGAUUACGUUGUUAUGAAGGUCAAACUUCCCUUGAUUUCCAUGAGUUUUGUUUCUAUAAGGGGUACAGGAUCAGGCCCUCAUGCGUGCUGCCCUUUCUCUGCUAUUGCCUUGAGAGAUUAAUAGUUGUAGCUUUUGUUUUUUUAAAUGGCUGUUGAACUCCACAAGCACCUAUCCAGGAAGCAUAAGACUGGGAGUUAGGAGAGUACGGUUCUAGUCCUACCCCUGCUGCUGCUUUGCUCAGGUCACUUAUUGCCUUUUGCCUCAGUUUAGUUAUCUCUAAAAUGGAAUAUAAUUGCCUACCUCUUGGGUAUAAGGUUUGUGGGGCAUAUUUGAGAUCCUCCAGUGGGAGGAGUUAAGGAUAGGCAAAGUAUUUAUUUUUGAUCUAUAAAACUGUUUACUUAGGGUAUGUCUACACUACCCGCCGAAUGGGCGGGCAGCGAUUGAUCCAAAAGGGGUUGAUUUAUCGCGUCUAGCCUAGACACGAUAAAUCGACCCCUGAGCACUCUCCCAUCAACUCCUGUACUCCGCUGCCACGAGAGGCGCAGGCAGAGUCGACCACCGCCGUGAGUAGGUCCAAGUACGUCGACUUCGAUUCCCCCCACCCCCCAGUGUAUACCAGGCCUCAGUACAGUUCAGAUGCUGUCCUUUUGGCUCCUGGCAAGUUGUUAUUGUGACUCAUGGUGUGGCAGCCCUCCACACAACGAUGGGUACAUGUGGGUGGAAAUGACCCUGUGAAUAGCUAGAAGUAAGGCCACCUAUCAGUGCAAAUAAAGGGAGGGAAAUGUGAUGCAACCAAUUAAAAACCUCACCUGGUUGUGACUGCAUCUUUUACCUUCCCCCAAACAUUGUUACUUUCAUUUCUUCCAAUGGUUUCUUUUCACUGGUCUGAACAAUCAUUUGCCAUGUUGUUCAUUUGAAACUUCACGAUGUUGUGACCUGGAGGCAUGAUCCAUCCUGCAAGGCCGGAAACAAAAUCAAGGGUCUGGAUCCUUGACUCUGGAGAACACACUUUAUACUUCCUUGCCCCAUGGGCUGCCUGUGUGCCAGAUGUAACUUAUAUUGGCAUUCUGAGUUACGCUGGCUGGCUGCAGCUCCAAAGUGCUGAUGUGCUAGCAAAACAUCAGAUAGAGUAAUCCUGGCCAUGCCUUCUACGCCAAUGGGGUGUGGUGUGGUGUGCAGGAACCUUUGUACCAGUUCUGCCCUAUUGGAUCCAUCUAUGCUGGGAGGAUCUCCCAGGGGGCUGGUUAUGUUGGCUUUAGGGUCAGAAUCUCCAGACGCUGCAAUGCACGUAUUUUCCCAGCACAACGCUAGGGAUAAAGCACUUCGUAAAAGCUGCUAAAACCCCAGCCGAAAGAUUCAAAGGAUGUGCAAAUAAUUAGGUGUGAGGCUUUUUAUAGUCUCCUGACAUCCCUCCACCAAAAUCCUCUUACUUUGUAGGAAUAAUGGAGGACAAUAUUAGUCUCUCUCUGAAUUAGAAAGUCUUGCAGUUGGUAUCGUAGCACCUCAUGUAUGCGCAGUAAAUACUAAGAGGACCUUAUGGAAUUAUUCCAGCUUUACACUAGUUUGAUAGAGCAGAAUUUGGCCCCGUCUCUCGGCCUCCAGGAAAGGAGGCUUGUGAAACCCAGGUGAUAAAGACACAUUGGCUAUUUUUCAAACCAGAGGUGGCAACCCAUUGAUUUAAAGCCUCUCUGGGCAACGCAUAGUUCGCAAAGGCAAUGUCCCCAAGGGUUGUGCACUGGAAAUGACUCCGCUCCAUGCAUUAGCAAUUGAUGUAAACGACCUUCAGAGCAUUUGGCAUUACGGGCUUCCGGAAGGUGGGGAGUUGAGCAGAUGGAAUGCAUUAAUCGCAGUUUUCGUAACUAAUGCAAAACAUACCUGGACCAUUUUCCCCUGCUGCAGCCUCUGCGGUGUACUUAAUCUGCUUUGCACUGCUGUAGCAUCUCUCCUGAGGGUUUCACUGUCUUGCUGAUAUCUCCAUCUGACUUGCUACUUUUGCCUGGCCUUUCUAAUGAUGAUUAGCGCUUUUCCCUUUCUGAGGCAUCUGCCUUUUUUCUUUAUUAGUUGUCCACCUGUUUAAAUUAUACUGUAAAUUUUAGAGGCAGGGACUUGUCUGUUAAAGCACCAUGCAGGCAUGUUGUGUGUUUUGUGAAUAAAUCAUAUAGGACUGUCAGUCUGGCACAUUUCACUAA